AUGGUGGAUGUCGGUGUUAAUGAGUGUGAUAACACCAAAAAUGGGAGGACCCAAUUUGUAUAUUUGGUAUUUGUGCAUUUACUUCUAAUUGGACUGAACGGCACUAAUGCCCAAAAUAGAGCGCCGCGGAUCAAAGAGCAUCCAUCCAACACAGUCUCAGGACGCAGUGAGCCAGCGACUCUAAGAUGUGUGGUGGAAGGUCGCCCGAAACCAGCUGUGCAAUGGUUCAAGGACGGCGCACCUUUGCCCCCGGCCGAAGACGGUCACAGGGUACUAUUGGAAGACGGACUGCUGUUUUUAAGGGUAAAUCGAGGCAAAAAAGAUAGCGAUGAAGGGAUUUACUGGUGUGUAGCAAAAAACAUAGCCGGGGAAGCUAUAAGUCACAACGCAUCUCUCAAUGUGGCUGUACUACGUGAUGAAUUUAGAGUAGAACCUCGAGAUGUGCAUGUAGCUGCAGGUGAACCUGCUCUAUUAGAGUGUUCACCACCACGUGGUAUUCCAGAACCGUCUGUACAAUGGCUGAAAGACGGACAAACGUAUGAUGUUGAAGUUAAUGGGAGAGUUACGGUCACUGAAACUGGGAGCUUAAGAAUCUUAGAAACGUUACCAACUGACAGUGGACUAUACCGAUGCGUGGCUUCUAAUGUCGCUGGUGAAAGACAGUCUAGGGCUGCAGCAUUAAUUGUUUUGAGGCGGCCACAUUUUGUUGUAAAACCUAGCAAUAUUACCGCUUUAGUGGGACAGAAUGUAGAAUUUAAUUGUCAGAGUUAUGAUUCAUCAGUGUCUAUUACAUGGGUCAAGGAAGAUGGUGCUCUGCCAAACCACGCAACAAUAAUCCGUGGUCUAUUAAGACUUGAACAUGUGUCCGCUACAGAUGCGGGCGUCUAUUCCUGCCGGGCCGACAGUGUUGCCGGCUCGAGUAUAGCAAGCGCUUCACUAACCGUAUACUCGUUGCCGCAUUUCACACAGAUACCGUCCAAUCUGACCGCAUGGGAAGGCGAUGUGGUGUCCAUACCUUGCGAAGCUAAAGGUCUGCCGACACCCACUACGUUUUGGAUUCUGGAAGGGAACGAGGAUGUUUUGUUAUUCCCUGAAUGCACUAAAAGCAACUCAAGUCUGUUAUAUUUAGAUGGUGCAAAAUCAGAGCAUGGCGGGAGAGUUAUAUGCGUAGCUGUGAAUGCAGCUGGGAGUGUAAUGCAAGAAGCUUACUUGAAUGUAUUAAAAAAAGGCGUUAGUGCUUUUAAACAACAUUCUAUACAUGACUCGAGCGAUAGCUACGAAUACGAAGCUCAGAUGACAGAAUACGAACUCGUACAAGCAAGAAAGUAUUUAAAACAAAAUGUUCUAGUAUUGAGAAGAGUGGAAACUUUGUCGUCAACUACUCUUAAAGUUGUUUGGGAUGUCUUAACAGAUUACAAUGAAUAUUUGGAGGGAGUUAAAAUAUGGUUUAAUGGAACUUCACUUAACUGGCGAAAUUCUAGUUUCGAAGAUGUUGGGAAUAAUUAUUCCCUAACAGAAGCGUUCUGUUUGAAUGGUUCUCUUACGAAUGUGGACAAUAGUGGAUCUUCCAGUUAUAUACUUUCUGGAUUAAAGGCGUAUACACAGUACGAUAUAUUUCUAAUGCCAUAUUACAAAACGUUAUUAGGAAAGCCAUCGAAUUCAAUGUCAGGAUACACCGAUGAAGAUGUGCCGUCAGUUCCGCCCCAAAGUGUGACUGCGAGUGUAAUUAACGCGACCUCGGCGAGGAUACGAUGGGAACCGCCACCUGCUAAUACUUGGAACGGGGAGCUUACAGGUUAUUUGAUCGAAAUUCGCGUGGGAGGUAACUCAGGGGGCCGGGUAGUCGGUCAGAUGUCGUUGGGGUCCCGUACGCGUGCAGCCACUGCCAGCUCACUGAGGGCUGGCGGACGGUAUAGCGCGCGCGCCGCAGCCGUCACACGUAAGGGACAUGGACCAUUCAGCGUACCCGCCCUCAUACAUAUGGUGCCUACACAAUCGCAGAGGCAUUACGUGCAAACGGAACCACCAAAAGAUACGAAGAUCCCUCACAUCCUCCAAGAGACGUGGUUAUUAGUUCUUUGUUUAACCCUAUUCACCAUUAUAAUUAUUGGCGUGUUCAGUAUUUAUUAUUUAAAACGACGAAACACCGUGCAAAGAAAGAAGUCCACUGGUCAGUCGAUUGUAACGGCGCAGCAAUGUCUAUUGAAUAAAGAUACGAUUUGGCUCCGCGAGCGACCCGUGUUCGCGCCGCCCAAUGAACCGACGUUAGAUGUCGUAGGCUGCCAUCAGAGUCUGCUACAAGGAGGCCAAUCUACGAGUAUUCUUAAUGUGGAACCCGAAUAUUGUCUUCCACAAAAUUCCAUCAUAGAUGCAUCAAGCGUCGACAGAAUUAAACGCGGCCCACCGGAACCGUACGCGUCGAGUGCUAUUUACACAGAACUCAAUUUCAAGGACAAUAGCGACAUCGGAGACCUGAGAAAUUGUCCGGAAAGGCGAUCGCACAACAAUAGCAUUGUUAGAUCUUGUAAUGGGAGCAUUCAGUACUCUAAUGGGGAAUGCUCGACGUGUUGCCACAGUACAUCGAGUAGAUCGACGAAAGACUAUAGGGAGCUACGACAUGACAAUGUACAUAACGAGAUUAAUGUUAUUGAGGAUGAUUGCGCGUCUUGCCACACGAAUAGAUCCGGCUCGAGGAGUAGACAGGACAAAAGUAAAGUGUGUCCGGCCAGUGAUUUAGAAUACGAUUACCCACAGUGGCAUUGGCUUGGCAGGGAGAACAGUUUCAAAAUUCCCAUUCAGAUGAGCAGACAUUCGAAUGUGGCUAAGAGCGAGCAGGGCUGUCAAAUAAAUCUGAGUGAUAUAUUGCCGCCUCCGCCAUAUGAGAGUCCCGAGGGUAAAAAAUGA